AUGACUUCAUCAACAACGCCAUCUAGUAGUUCUUUUUCUGAUAACAUUAAUGCGGUUGUUACGAAUAAUGCUCCUGCAAAUUCAAAAUCCAAAAAAGAGUGGUUAGAUUAUGCGUUAAAUGAAAAACUUAUAAAAUCAGUACCAUAUUCCGAGAUUCAAGAUAUAGACGUGAUUGGUCGAGGUGGAUUCGCGGAGGUCUAUGUAGGGUUUUGGCCAAGUGCAUCAAGUCUUGUAGCAUUAAAGUGCUUGAAAGUUCAACCUGGUUUUGAUAAUCCUAAAUCGUGGGAUUUAUUUGUUGGGGAGUUAAGACUGGUUAUGUCGGUCAAUCAUAAUGAGAGUAUUAUAAGAUUUUUUGGAGUUAGUCGUGCUCAAACUUUUCAUACCGUAUCUGAGAAUCAUUAUGAGGUAUCCGCGAGUAAUGUGAAUCAAAUAUACGAAACUCCCGAUUUGAUGAGCGGAUUUCUUCAACUUCAAAACAUGAAAACUAUCUGCAAAGAGAUAUGUUUCAAAUAUAAGCAAGCUCUCAAGAGAGCAACCAUUCCAUCCGAGUGCAGUCCAGUUUAUCAUUGUGCCCUUGGAGAUACAGCGGGUCUAAAAUGGCAUCUGAAUAACGCUAAUUGUACAGAUGCAGGACGUCAUUUAAUUGCCACGACAGCGCAAUAUUGUCCUCCUUCACAAAUUAUUCCAAUCUUUGAAACGUUAUUGGAAUUCAAUGUCGAAAUGAAAUCUCAACUAGAUGAAAAAAAUCACACGGCUUUUCAUUGGUUAUCAGAAAAUAUUCGUCUUUUAGAGAAAAGUAAUUCAUCGGACAACGAAAAGAAUUAUUUUAGCGACGCCACUCAAUGGCUGAUUAACAAAGGAUUAGAUAUAAAUGCGAAAAAUAUUUUUGGACGGACAGCUUUAUCGUGGCUUGUAGAGAAACAACAACCACAAGCCGUCAAAAUCAUGCUUCAAUAUGAGGUCAACCCAAACAUAGCCGACGAAAACGGCAGCACGCCAUUACAUAGAGUGUUGACUUAUGAAUAUAAAGUCAACAAUGAAAGAUUCAAUAGGAAAAACCGUGAGGUGGUGAUACUCCUCUUGGAGAAAGGAGCUCAUGCGCAUAUUCCUAUUAAUCCUAGUCAACCGUCUUCAACAAGAAGUUUUCCGAAUUCGUUAUUCCUUGCGAUAUUUCGAGGUUGGCCGAAUGAAAUACUUCAACUACUCAUUAAACAUGAAGCGAACCCACUUGAUUUAAAGGAUGGUCAGGAUGCUCUUCACUACGCAAUAUCAAUGAAACGUACCCAAGCGGUGCAUUUUCUUGUGGAGAACGUUGAAGAGUUUCGAUCAGCGAAUAUUUCCGAAAUAAAAAAUAAUCUAAGGAAAUUGAGACAUAACAGCACCCGUUCCGAAAGUAUUCCUUAUACUAUCAAUUAA